UGCCCCGCGGCAACAUGGCCGCCUGAGCCCAGCGCGCGCGGGGCUGGGCUGAGCGGGGGCAAAGUUUGGGGUGGGUCCGACGCGGAGCCCAACCGGGCCGGAACCGGCCGCAAAGUCCCCGCGAGCCCGGGCGGGAGCGGGGCCCAGCCGCGGGUAGGGCAGGGAGCUCCGCCAGGAUCAGAACUAAUUCAGAGACAGCUGAACAAAAGGGAUUACUCAGGAGGAAGAGGUGAAUCCUCUGGAUACGAACACUGCAGGGCAGUUUAUCCAGGUCAUUCUGGAUCCUAGCCCUACCUACCCUCCGGAGUCUGCAUCUCUACCCAACCUGGUGUCAUCUGCUAAUUUGUGAAGCAUGCAGACAGUCCCGUCAUCCAUUAAUGAAGAUGUUGUAUGAUUCUGGACCCAGGACAAACUCCUGGGGAACCCCACUUGAUACCUUCUCCCAACUCGAUACAGAGCCAUUGAGGACUACUCAUUGGGCAUAAUGAUCCGAACGCUUAUGUAUCUACUUUUAUAGUACUGUCAUCUAGUCUGUACUUCCUUAGCUUAUGAAUGUCAUGGGAAACAGUGUUAAAAGCCUUGCUAAAGUCAAGAUGCAUCACAUCCAGUGCUCUCCCACUAUACACAGAGCCUAUCACCUUAUCGUAGAAGAAGAUCAAGUUGGUCAGGCAUGACUUGCUCUCGGUGAAUCCAUUCUGGCUGUUCGUAGGAAGAGUUGCCUAGAUCAGAGCUGUGUGACUGGUGGCCCAUGAGUUGCAUAUGGUCUGUGGAGAUUAACAUGCAGCCCCCAGGCUCCCACCUGACUGCUGCUGCCCCAGCAUUUCAACGGCUUAAGUGGCCAAACAGCCUCUCCUUCCUCUUGUUUCUGCUUCCUGCCUCCAUUCCCGGGGGCAGGAUGUGGUGAGGCCAGGCAGCAGAGGUGCUGUAUGUAUGGUUAGGGGGAAUUUGGGCUGCCCAUGGUGCAAGAGAGAAGCUGCAUGCAUAUAGCUGAGAGUGAGUCUACACUGCUCAUUGUCUGCACAGUAUGAGAGGGCCAGGCUGUCUGGGCUGGGUGUGAGGUGGGAGGGCCCUGAGGGUCUACGGCAUGUGGGCCCCUGGCCUUUCAGAAGUUGGACAGCACUGGCAUAAAUUACAGGAUUUGCGGCAUGUGGCCUUGCUUAUGUGUGCUUUUAAAAAGUGGAGCAAAGACUAGCAGCUGCAUAAUGGUAGAAUAAGCAGGGUCCAUGAAAACAGGAUCAUCUGCUUUACUCAGUAGUCCUAGAUACUUCUUCAUUUAAAGAGGACUUUGUGCUUGUGAGGCCAGGAGGUUGACCUGCAUUCUACAGAGGGGUUCAGCCUGGGAACCCUGAGAUGAGCCCUUCAGCUGUAAUCUAUCUUGCUGUCUCAUAAGGAAAGGAUAUUUAAGGUUGAUGUGAGAAUUCCAUGCAUUGCAACACUUACUGUUGUUUCAUGGAACAAUUUCCAGGCUAGGAUCACAACUAAUCUCCCUGUUUCUUCCCUUGCAGCUGAGGGCUGGCUGCUGCAUCAGGAAGUGUGAUAAGAACUGUGCAGUGCUGGUCCAUUUCCCUCUGCCUCUCUUGUUCGUGGGCAAGAGUGCUGUGUACAGGCACAACUUGGGAAAUCAGCUCUGGGAUGGGUGUGGAGCAAGGGAAGGAUUUACAGAGAGUCGUCGGCCAGAUGCUGCUAGAUGCCGGCAGGCGAAAAGUAGACUUGCAGACAGGAGGACACCGAUGUUUGGAACAUCCGAGUGAGGCUUUGAAUUGGAGCCCAGGCUGGUGACCUGUUGGCCCCCCAAGCAGAAGGGAGGAUGUCAAGCACAGCUCCUUCCAAGAAGCCUUACCGCAAGGCACCGCCGCAGCACCGGGAGGUCCGCCAUGAUGUGCCCAUUCUCCGAGAAGACCAGGACGGCGUGAUUUUGGCUGAACAGAGUCAGGAGCCCUUGACGGACGCAGAAAGGAUGAAGCUCCUGCAGCAUGAGAAUGAGGAGCUGCGUCGGCGGCUGGCUUAUGUCACCAGCAAGAUGGAGGCAAUGGAGAGGGAGCUGGAGUCUGGCCAGGACUACCUGGAGAUGGAGUUGGGCCAGAACCGUGAAGAGCUGGAGAAGUUCAAGGACAAGUUCCGUAGGCUACAGAACAGUUACACUGCUUCCCAGAGAACCAAUCAGGACCUGGAGGAGAAGCUGCAUACCCUGGCCUCUCUCAGCCAAAGCUGGAUCUUUGCAAUUAAAAAGGCAGAGAUGGACCGGAAGACGCUGGACUGGGAGAUUGUGGAGCUUACUAAUAAGCUGUUGGAUGCCAAAACCACCGUCAAUAAACUGGAGGAACUAAAUGAGCGAUACCGGCAGGACUGUAACCUGGCAGUGCAGCUGCUAAAGUGCAACAAGUCCCACUUCAGGAACCACAAGUUUGCUGAUCUUCCCUACGAGCUGCAGGACAUGGUCAACAAGCACCUCCACAGCACUCAGGAUCCCCCAGGCCCUGGCCAGGAGGCAACGCACACCCUGGCCCCAUCUGACGUUGUGCCCACCUCAGUCAUUGCCAGAGUCCUGGAGAAGCCCGAGUCAUUGGUGCUGAACUCUGCCAAAUCCAGCAGUGGCAAUUGCCCCGUGGCUGAGGACGUCUUUGUGCAUGUGGACAUGAGUGGAGGAGGUGUGCCUGAUGCCUGCCCCAGCCCAGGCCUGCCUGGGAAGGAGGGAGGAGAGGCUGGAAAGCAGCAGAACGGAGGCUGCAAACCGCAGAGCAGUGUGGAGAGCUUGACAGAGGAGGCACCUGCCUUUGAGAAGUUGAGCCCCUACCCCACACCCUCCCCUCCCCACCCCAUGUACCCAGGGCGCAAGGUGAUUGAAUUCUCAGAGGACAAGGUGAGGAUCCCGAAGAACAGCCCCCUGCCCAACUGCACCUAUGCCACACGGCAGGCCAUCUCCCUGAGCCUGGUACAGAGCGAGGACGAGAGUUGUGACAGGCACCGGACACUCCCCAAUAGCCCUGCCUCUGAGGGGCGCCACUCAGGCUCCAGCUGCUCCUACCAGCCCUCACCCAAAGCGGCACGGGCCCAUGGCUCCUCACAGAGCAGCCCUUUCAGCAGCCCGCCCCAGAUCCCCAGCGCCUUUGCCAGCUCUGCCAGCUCUGAGGAAGACCUCCUGGCCAACUGGCAGCGGAUGUUUGUGGACAGGGCACCCCCCUCCUCGGAGCGGGUGCUGGUGAACCGCACUGCCUUCAGCCGCGACACAGCGCCAGAGCUCCAGAAGCGCUUCAGCCGCUCCAUGCAGGAGCUGGGCAGGGCGGUUUCUGCCUACUCAGAUGGUGAGGAGUCUGCGCAGAGCUGCAGCUGGACUGUGAGCCGGGACUCGAGCGUGGACACUGACAGCACUGAGUCUCGGGCCCGCAGGAGCCACUUCUCUGACUAUGGUAUGGACUUCUCCCAGGACGAGGCCCAGAAGUUGCUCCAGGGCAGUGGAGGAAGCACUGCUGAGCCUAACAGCCCCCCUCCAAAGAGCAAGAGCUAUGUGGACCUGGGCUCGCCUGGGAGCCCAGCAGAGGAAAGGGAAAUCCUGCUCCAAGGGAGCAAAGAGAGCAGCCAUGGGGGCACCCUGGAGGAGAGCGGGGAGUGCAGGGGCAAGCUUCCCUCUGGCCGGCCACACCGCAGCCCCAAAAGGAUGGGGGUCCACCAUCUCCACCGCAAGGACAGCCUGACGCAAGCCCAGGAGCAGGGCAACCUGCUCAACUGAGGCUGGGGAGGAAGCAGCACCCAGGUGCAGUGCUGUAGCUGCCUCCACAGGAAUGGGGGUGUCCAGCACCCUUCAUCCAAGGGUGGGGGUGGAGAGGAUGACCCCAGGCUCAGCACCUAAUACUUUCUAUUUAUUUUGCUUUUGGUACUCAGAGGAGCUGGGAUCCGCCCCUGGCUCCUCACACCCACAGCACCAGAAUACAUGCUCGGGUGUGCAUGUACUAGCACACUGUGCUCUGUGUCUGCUCCUCGUGCUUCAUCUGGGCACUUCACCCUGGUGUGUCGUCCGUGUCCUCCCCCCCGCUCAUUCAUCCCUGUGCCAGUGCCCCUCCUUGCCUUGGCAACAGCAGUCAUGUUCAUCUUCAUUCUGGUGCUCAUUGCAGCUUUACACCAACCUUUCAACUUGUGCCAGUAAGGCAAGAGUUUUGCUUGUUUUCAUCUUGCCCUUGCGAGGCCAUGAGCGGGGCAUUAGGACUCUCCCAGCAGGUGGGUGUUCCCUGCUGCCCAUCCCCCUGGUUCUGUCUGGGAGCAGUGGCUUGUAGGCAUUCUGUUUUUGCUGCCUUGCUUUGCUUCUCCCACCCUGUGUGGAGAGGAUGGGGUGUGGAGAGGGUGGGGUGGUGCUCCUCCUCCCUCUCCAGCAUCUUAAAUUGAGCCCCAUCAGUGGGCUCAUGGAGCCCCACCAUGUGGCUCUUGUGGAGGCAGCACCCUGGGAGAGCCCUCUUCCCCUCUGCCCCGGGCUGGUUCCCUGAGUUGGGGCCCUGCAGUUACCCAGCCAGGCAUGUUGUGAGGGGUGGGUGUGUCCCCAUCUCUGUACAGGCGCACUGACCUGUGCCUCUCAUUUGGAUAGUGCUAACACUCUGCUCUUGGGGGGUCCCGUUUUCUUCCGCCAGACCUCUGGUUUUAAAAUUUGUGGUGUUUCUUGCCCCCAUCCCCACCCCUUUCUCCAUAAAUGAGCAGGGUGGUCAGGAGCCCAUCUGCUGUUGGCAUGGGGGUGUGGUGAGCAAGUCCUGCCAGAGGGGCCCACAGCCUCUGCCCCCCAUUUCCUGAGCUUCCUCCUGCAGAGGAUCUAUGUGGAUCCAAGAAUCAGAUGUUUCCUGCUCCAGGGGAGCAUGGAGCCAAGAAUCAGUGAAGGAGAGCGCUGGGUCUGUGGCACUGCUCUGGGCAGUGCCUCAGUAAGGCCCAGGGUUAUCUGGGAGAGAGGGCGAGGUCUGAGGAGCAGUGCUCAUCACUGCUAGGUGGUACUUUCUGGCCCAGUCGUGGCCUGUUGUAGGGCUCUCUGCCUGGGUGCCCCUCCUGGCUGGGCUCCGGGCUGGCCCCGGUGCCUAUCCAGGACCUUCCUUGUGUGUGUGCGCGUGUGUUGGGGGGUGGAUUGUUUUGUUUUGAUUUUUUCUUUCUGUGUUGUGUGUUGGUCUGGUUUCCCUUCUCAGUGUUGUGUGCUCCAUGUCUCAAGGGCAGGUGGGGGGGGGGACACUGGAUACAGGUCUGUAGUGUUGGUGUCUUUAUUUUGGGGCUGGAACCAUGGUAUCAGUUACUUCCAGGGCACCCCCCCCAAUACUUGAAUCUCCAAUGACAGGUAUUACUCCAUGGGAGCCCCGGGCAGACAGCCCCGCUCCUUCUAUUCUGAACCAGGUGCUGCGGUGGUGUCCUGCCUUCCUCUGUGUUGGCACUUUGCUCUUAGGCUGAAUGGGAAGAGUGCAGGCCCUCUGUGCAGGGAAGAAGCUUCCACUUGCAUGCCAAUACAAAGAUGCAGGUUGCAAUUGUCCAGGGAUCCCGCUCCUGACCUGUAGGCAGUACUCCUCCCUGAGUCCUUCUGUUUGCAGCUCAUGGCAGACAUGGCUUAAGCUACAUCCUGGCUCUCGCCUGGAGGCUCCAGGGCCUGUGAAAGGGAAUUGCUGUCUUCUCUUGUGGGUGUCUGGACCCUUCAGGGGCUGCUUUCUGUGUGGGUCAUCUUUGGGCAGUGGUUGUAGCUGCUGUCUGUGUACUUGGCUUGUUCCUUGCCACUGAGCUCAGUGUGGAAGUACUGCUUGCUAGUGUCAAUGUGGGACUCAGUGGGACUUGCUAACAGAUCAAUGUUGAUGGCGGGAGCCUCUGCUUAGCCUGCAACGUGCUAUUCCUCAGUGCCCUGGAGAUGGGGCUGCCCUGCCUUGCUUGACUCCUCCAUUGCUGCAUUCUUUUUCUCCCGUGUUCUCCAUGCCUCGAGCAAAAGCUGCAGGGUCCAUGCUGCUGCUGCUGCCUCCUGGUCCCAAGGGCUCUCCUGAUGAUCAGGCACCGGGGCCCAGACUUGCUCCCAUGUGAAAGCAGCUUGCUAACUCCCAAAUUUCCUAGGCUGCUUGGUGGCUCCCCACUGAGCUGCGAGUUCAUGCUGGGAGCAACAGUGGUGCUGUUGGCACAGACCUGGCCUUGGCUGUCUGUUCCUUGUCACUUGAGCCAGUUAUUGUAGGGGGACCCAGUGACAGCCGUCAUAGUGAGAGCAGCUUCCACUCACGGCUUCAGCUGGGGGUGUGUGGCUCCCCUGCAAGGGCCGUGCUUAAAGCCACCUGGUUGCUGGAGCAGGUAGAGAGGGCCAGUGUCAGGCAAAGCUCAUCGCCCUUCUGCCUUUGAUCACAGGAGACUGGCAGCAAAGUGGGGAGGGGGUGAAGAGGGGCAAAGGGAGUGCCCCUGACCUCCAGCUGCUCCCUGCUCAUCCUGCAGUGCCAUCUUCUGAAUCCGACUGGGCAAGAGCAGAGCACGGAGCCAGGAGUGGAAGAGCAGCCUGCUCCCAGGCCCCUCCCAUGGGACAGCAUGCGUUGCCCUUGGCACUCCUACUCAUCUUGGGCAGUAUUGACUCUGGGGGCCUAGAGUAGCUCCUGCUCUUCAGCCCCCAACUCCAGACUGUUAAUCUGCAACUAACAUGUUCUCGCUCUCUUUUUUCUGAGAUUUUCAAACUGAUGUAUAUUUUAAGACCAGAAAUAAACUAUUUUAAAAGUAGGCCUUGGCUGUGGUGUGCUGGGCACUCUCCAUGCUGACGGCAAGCCAAGAUCUGGGGAAUGUCUUGCUUACUGGCUUGCGGAGUGUCCUCUGUUCUGUUGUUGUGCAGGGGUGCUUACCCACUUCCUGCUCUUCAAGGGGUAAAGCAACCAGGCGACUCUGCUUUCUAGGGUGCCCUCUGCUAUUUCUUUCCCCAGCAUCAUGGAGCAGGGGGAGGGGUUGGGUCCCAUGCUGGAACCCUGCUGGGCAGGGCCAAGGGUGACCUGGCACAGAGUGUGCAUCCUGACUGGUGGGGGGGGAAGCCGCCAGCCUACGCCUGCUCAGGAAGAUGCAUGUACUGGGCCAAGAAGUGCCCCUUGCACCUGGUUGGAGCCAGCAGUGGGUGAUGGUUUCGACGUCUGGUCCAGAGAGUGGAAAAUGAUAGUGUUUGUUCAAGACCACUCUCAUAAGAGUACAGUCUGCUCUUUGUUGACCGGGGCAGGACUGUCCUGUGAAAGGAGUUCCCAGAGGUACCUGGCUACCUGCCCAGCAGUUACCAGUAUUACUGUUCCCACUGGUAUUGACGUGUUGUCUGACUUGAACCAGUAUGCCUUUUAAAUAUUAGGGGGUUAAUUUGUGUAGCCCAAAAGACAUUGUCUGAAGAGCCUUAUUUCCUGUUCUGGAAGACAGGGCCAUGAUGUUUAGGGACCUGCCUUACCAGUCAGGGUCCAUCUGCUAAUGCCUCCUGGUAACUACUGUUUGCGUGCACCCAAGAGAAAGGCCAAGGGCUGAGGGAAGAAAGGGUUUCUGACUCUGGCUAGCGGCUGGGCUGGGCUGGGCUGGGCUGGUGCUGCUGGGACCCAGAGGUUCCAACCUUCAGGUUCCAGUGUUCCCCCACCUGCUUCUUGGGGCUGAAUCUGGUGUUUCCCCUUCUUUGAGGAUUUAUUUAGUGGCUCUCUUAGCUCCAGCUCUUGGAGUCAUGUGAUCAUAUGAGAUGGGCAGGUUUCUUAACCUUGUAGAGAAGCUGGAAAAUGCCCCCAAGCAGUCUCUGCUGUGCAGUCCUAAAGGGGCACAAGGCAAAGGAAAGCAUCUCCUGUGUUCAGCUUGCUGAGGCUUUUGACUUUUAUUUAUCUGCCCGUGUGGGGAUGGGAGAGGAUGGAGGGGUGGCUGCUUUGUGCGGUUUGGGUGCUUUAGCAUUAGUGGUACUGCAAGCCCCAAAGAAAGAGGUCCCUUUGAUCUGAAGUGGAAUAAGGGCUGAGGUUGCCUUGAGAAUCUUGGGAGGCUCCUGGCCAAGAGCUGAAUGCCCAGCCUCUCCAUAGCGUUGCAGGCUGUGCAGGAGCUGCCUACAUUGCUGGAUACUCCAGGUCAGCUCCCUGGGGAAAGGUGCCCCCUGGCACUUCCUGUGGGCAGAUGCGUGUGGGGUUUUCCCUCUUGGGUUGCAGCUCUGGCUCCCUUUGUCCCUAUAAUUAAUGAUUUUAUUCUGUGCUCCCUGGAGCAGCAGCUGCUGCUGCAGUUUAAUCCCCCGGCCUAAUCCCAGCCUUGAAACAUAAUCUCCCCCCUGCCUAGCUCCAACAAGGUGCAAGGGGCACUUGGUUCAGCAUGUGCAUCCUGCUGGACAGGCACAGGCUGAAGCAUGCUCUGGACCAAGAUACCCUUGGUUCUGCCCAGUAAGAGCCCUAUCCCUCCUCCCUACUCCACAGUGCUGGGGAAGAGGUGAAGCGGAAGCAGCUGGGCCCUGCUGGGAGGGAAGCAUGA